AUGCAGUGGCAGGGCCGCAAGGGAGGAGCGAGCGUGCACAAGUGUGUCGAAGUGGCCCGCGCCUAUCCCCAUGCAGAGCCGGGCCCCACUUCAGGGUCGUCGCUCCAGACGCCAUUUCAAAAGGUAGUCUCAGGUAGUCGCUGCUGCUCACUACGUCGCGCUGCCUCCAGCACUUAUACCCAACUCCCGCCGAUUGACGCCCUCUCGCCUCCUCGUGCGCUCCCUCUGCAAUGCUGGCUGCGCUUCGCCUCCACCGCCACUGAUCGCGUCGUUCAUUCGCGAGCAGGCAUUUAUUGAAACGCCUCCACCGCUUCGACCAUUGACCCCUUGAGACGGCUCUGCCAAAACCUACUCCUACUCCCUACCGCUCGACCACACAUUUGCUGUGCCGAUCGGCUCUGAUCUGCUUCGGCGUCCAACUCGAACAAUCGCUGUCGAGCCUUCACCAUGGCGUACAACCAGCAGCAGCCACAGCCGCAGCAGCAGCAACAGCAGCAGGGUGACAGUCGAAACCCAAAUCGCCUGCAGCUCAACUUCGGCUUCAACAACGCUCCAAACUUCGCCGCCGAACAAGGCCGUGCCUUCCCGACUACCCCCUCGACGUUCCCCCAACCCUUUCCCAACUCGGCCGGCCAGCAGGAAGUCUGGGGUACGCAACAAUCGACCAGCGGCAUCAACAGUCAGGGCUAUUUCUACAACAACCCCAAUGCUGCCUACCAGCAAUUUGGUUCCAGCGGCGUUUCACCCGGUGCAGGGUACCGCUCCCCAGGAGGCUUCAAUGACGCUACAAAUGGUUUGGUUCACCAGUUCCAGCAUCAACACCUCGGAGGAGGUAACACGCCUCGCUCUGCCAGUCCCUACGGCAGACAACCGUCUCCUGCGAAUCCCUCCCGGCCACGAACUGCUGGUGACCCUCGAGGGUACCAGAGCAGCUACCUGAACGCUCCCAUGCCUGCAAUGCCGCAGCAAGCGAGCAUCUUCGAUGACGAGCCCGCCACGAAGAAUCCCGACAAGUAUUCGUCCGCCAUUACCGAGCGUGUCAAGGUGCAGAAGCUACUCACCCAAGAGUUCUUCAAGGAGAAUGUGGAAAGAGCACGUGCCCGCAAUGAGAGAUCGAAAGACCUGGAGAUGGUUUUGAACAAUUCAGAGCUGUCUGACAGCCGCAAGGAGAGGGAGAAGAACUCCUUGCGGAAGUCCGAGGCCAACUUCUUGAGGUUCUUGCGAACAAGCGAGAAGCCUCAGAACUACAACACACUUAAAAUCAUUGGUAAGGGUGCUUUCGGUGAAGUGAGACUCGUGCAAAGAAAGCAUGAUGGCAAGAUUUAUGCACUCAAAUCGCUCAUCAAGCAGGAAAUGCACAAGAAAGAUCAGCUUGCCCACGUCCGAGCCGAGCGUGAUAUCCUGGCCAAUGCAGACAGUCCGUGGCUUGUCAAACUUCACACUUCUUUCCAGGACAAAACAUUCCUGUACAUGUUGAUGGAGUUCUUACCAGGUGGUGACUUGAUGACAAUGCUCAUCAAGUACGAAAUUUUCUCAGAAGACAUUACCCGUUUCUACAUGGCCGAAAUUACGCUGGCUAUCGAGGCUGUGCACAAACUGGGCUUCAUUCAUCGCGACAUCAAGCCAGACAACAUCCUGCUGGACCGUGGUGGACACAUCAAGCUCACCGAUUUCGGUCUGUCCACUGGCUUCUCGAAAGAGCACUCGGCGUCGUAUUACCAGCAACUCAUGUCACAGACCAAGUCGAAGUCUUUGGCACAAAACCGCAAUAGUGUCUCUAUUGAUCAGAUCCAGUUGACCGUCUCGAACCGCAACCAGAUCAACACUUGGCGAAAGUCGCGACGGCAGCUCGCCUACUCCACUGUCGGCACUCCAGACUAUAUUGCACCAGAAAUUUUCAGUGGAAAGGGUUACGACUUUGGAUGUGAUUGGUGGAGUGUCGGAACCAUCAUGUUUGAGUGCUUGGUCGGGUGGCCGCCGUUCUGCGCAGAGGAGCCGCAUGACACAUAUCGGAAGAUCGUAGACUGGCCACGCCAUUUGCAAUUCCCACCGGAUCAACAGCUUGGCCCAGAAGCGGAGCACUUCAUUCGCAGCCUGAUUUGCGAUUCGCAAAACCGACUGGGACGUGUCCAUGGCGCACAGGAGCUCAAGGCCCAUCCAUUCUUCCACGGAGUGAACUGGGAUGGCCUUCGCAAGAUUCGAGCUCCAUUUGAGCCAAAGUUGCAGAGCAACAUCGAUACCCAGUACUUUCCUAUCGACGAGAUUCCCCAGGUCGACAAUUCUGCUCAGCUUCGCGCCCAGACAGAGGCCAUGGGUGGCGACGACUCAACUCUGUCGUUGCCAUUCAUCGGGUACACAUACAAGCGUUUUGAUGCAUUCAAGGGCAGCUGAGUCGGCGACUAGAUUUGCGAGGAUGGUACUGCAAGCUCUAUUACGGCAGCAUUGUAAUGAGUAUGAGAGACGGACGAGAGAUACUUUGCAUGUGCGAAGCUACAUCAUGGAUACAGAGAGUAGAGAUGGCGCGC